UGCAGGUCUUCACUACUUCUUCACCGCAGCUUUGUGGGAUGCUGCUGGACCCUGACUGAACAACUCAGGAUGUUGAGCUGGGUGGUCAAAGUCGUUCCCCAGCCGCCUGAGCCCCCACCCAAGAAAGAUGACGAACAGAAGGAGGAGAAACCAGCUGCUGCCCCGCCCCCUGCAGUGCCCCCACCCCCUGUUCAGGAGAAGAAGGUGACGUUUGAGGACGAGUGUAAACCUGAAGCUCCAACAGCCGACAAACCCCCGCAGGACGCACAGGUAGCAGAGAACAGUGCGGCGCCUGAGCCUCAGCCUGGCGUGUUGACGUGGAUCAGCAGCGCCCUGCCUCAACCCGCCGUCUCGCCGAAGCUGAGUCGAGCCAACUCCACCUCCAAGGAGGAGAGCGCAGCAACCAGUAAACCUGAAGACGAAAAAGGGAUGAUAGCUUGGCUCGCUCAGGGUUUGGAGAAGGUUGUUCCUCAUGUUCCUGACGUGAAGAGCAAAGAGUCUCCACCAGCUGAGCCGCCCACUGAGGUGUGUCCAGCAGCAGCUGCACCAGCUGCAGAGCCUCAGGUGACGGUGGUGGAGGUGGAGUCAGACCGAGAGGAGCAGAAAGACAACAUACCUGUCCCACCCAGGAUGAUAGACUGGAUCAAACACAGUAUAGAGAAGGUGAUUCCUCAGCCGGAGAUUCAUGUUCGCUCAAAGACAGACGUCGGCGAGAAGACUGACGCUCCUUCAGCUAAAGCUGAAGCUCCAGCACCAGAACCUCCUCCAGCCCCCAAACCAGCCGCUGACACUGAGAGGUCUUCCAGAGAAGCAGAGCAGCAGGCCAAUGUGGUGGACUGGAUCAUGAGUGGGAUUGGUCGCAUGUUGCCUCAGCCGGUACAGAAGCAGGACUACGGCAGUGACGAGGUGCAGAGCAUCAGCAUCGCGCAGAAGAAGACAGACCUGGUUCUGGAGGACGUGGAACAGGACACGGAGGCCAAGCAGCAGCAGUCGGAGGUGAAAGAGAUACAAGACGCAGAGACGGCAAUGGAUCAACUGACUCCACUGAUGGACACCACCAAGAAGGAGGCUGGAGAGGCAGUUUCAGCUCACAUGGAGGAAAGGCUGCAGCAGGAGCGUCUGGAGGCGGCCCGCAUCGCGGAGGAGAUGGCCAGGAAGGCAGCAGAGGAGGCAGUCCGGCAGCUGGAGGUGGAGCAUUCAGCUAAGAUCGUCAUAGAGACGCUGCCGGAGUCCAAUGAGCAACUGCCCAACAUCCUGGAGGAGGAGAAUGAGGACGACCCAGAGCUGCGGCACCUGCAGGAGGAAAGUGAAGACAGCGCAGACAAUAGGAGCCCUGAGGAAGAGAAAGUAACAGAGGGAAAUAACAAAGCCACUGUCGAGGAAGAGCAAAAACCAGAUCAGGAAAACCUCACGAGGUGCCUGGUGGACAUCUGUCCAGCUGAGGACGAAGCAACUCCUUCAUCAACAGAUGUAGAACCAGCAUCGGAGAAGAGAGACCUGGAGAGUCCAGUCUCCCAGUCGAUCACCCAACAACCGGAGCCACAACCUCCAGAGGCCGAGACCGCCACCACAAAUCAGGCCAAUUCAGCAGCAGCAGAACAAGAAGGUGGACGUGGAGGGAGCUGUGGUGGAGGUGUGGGCGGAGCUCCGGGGCUGACGGUGGAGGGUGUGCAUCAGGGUCAGGGAAAAGGCCUGAAGCUCCCCGAAAUUCUCACAACCCCAGAACCGGAGUCCGGGACUCUGACGGUCCACAACAUCCCGCUGUCAAAGCUCAGUCCUUCAGAUGAUCUCUCUGUAGAUGAGGACGAUGGAGAACUGUCGAGGCUGAAGACCUGGUCCAAUCAGGGAGACCUGCUGACGGCUGAUGAUGAGAUGCGUCCUCUGUCAGCGGCCAGCGUGGGCAGCGUGGUGAUCCAGGACCGUCUGAACCAGCUCGUCACGUCAUUUAAAGGUCGGACGGAUCAACGACGAGAGCGGCUGGUGGACCCGGACGAGUCCGAGGAAGAAAGUCCCUCAGCCUCUCCAAGCAAAGCUCCUCCACCUCCCCCUCCUCCUCCUCCACCAGGAGAAGAGAAGAAGGACGAUGCUCCUGCAGCAGCCGAGGAAGAGGAGGAGGAGAAGGAGAUCGAGCUCCCCUUUAAAAUUUUGGGACAACCAGUAAAAAUUCCCAGACUGCCCAAACUGCCCAAACUGCCGGACUGGCUGCGAGUGAUCGUGGAGUACCGCUUCCCCUCCAGCAUCGACCCCUUCACAGAUCUGAUCUACGUGAUCUGGCUGUUCUUCGUCGUGGCGGCGUGGAACUGGAACGUGUGGCUGAUCCCCGUCCGCUGGGCGUUUCCCUACCAAACCGCCGAAAACAUCCACCUGUGGCUGCUGGCCGACUACACCUGCGACCUCAUCUACAUCACCGACAUCCUCGUCUUCCAGCCCAGGCUGCAGUUCGUCCGCGGAGGAGACAUCGUGUGUGACAAAAAGGACAUGAGAGAAAACUACAUGACCACGGAGAGGUUUAAGAUGGACGUCAUCAGUCUGUUUCCGAUGGAGGUCUUCUAUUAUUUCACUGGAGUGAAUUCUCUGCUGAGGUUCCCUCGUCUGCUGAAGUACAUGGUUUUCUUCGAGUUCAACGACAGAAUGGAAGCCGUGAUGAAGAAAGCCUACAUCUACAGGGUGAUCCGGACCUCCACCUACCUGCUGUACUCUCUGCACAUCAACGCCUGUCUCUUCUACUGGGGCUCCGACUAUGAAGGACUGGGAUCCACCAAGUGGGUCUACAAUGGAAAAGGCAACGCCUACAUCCGCUGCUACUAUUUUGCAGUGAAGACGCUGAUCACCAUCGGAGGACUGCCGGACCCCACCACUGUCUUCGAGAUCUGCUUCCAGCUCAUCAACUACUUCGUUGGCGUCUUUGCUUUCUCGAUCAUGAUUGGUCAGAUGAGAGACGUGGUCGGAGCAGCGACGGCCGGCGAGAACUACUACCGCGCCUGCAUGGACAGCACCGUCAAAUACAUGAACUCCUACAGCAUCCCCCAGGACGUCCAGAACCGCAUCAAGACCUGGUACGACUACACCUGGAAGAGCCAGGGCAUGCUGGACGAACAGGAGCUGCUGGUGCAGCUUCCCACUAAGAUGAGGCUGGACAUCGCUGUGGACGUCAACUACGCCAUCGUCAGUAAAGUCGCCCUGUUUCAGGGCUGUGACAGACAGAUGGUGUUCGACAUGCUGACGAGGCUGAAGUCUGUUGUCUACCUGCCGGGAGACUUUGUCUGUAAAAAGGGGGAGAUCGGCAGGGAGAUGUACAUCAUCAAACAGGGGGAGGUUCAGGUGGUGGGCGGUCCUGACCUGCAGACGGUGUUCGUCACCAUCAGGGCCGGCUCUGUGUUUGGAGAGAUCAGUUUGCUGGCGGGAGGCGGAGGGAACCGACGUACAGCCAACGUGAAGGCGCACGGAUUCGCUAACCUCUUCAUCCUGGACAAGAAGGACCUGGCAGAGAUCCUGGUGCACUACCCGGAGUCCCAGAAACUCCUCCGCAAGAAGGCCAAGACGAUGCUGACGAAGGAUAAGAAGCCUGAUGAGAAGGACGCAGCUAAAGAGGCGAUACAGGUCAUCCCGGCCAGACCCGACACACCCAAAAUGUUCAAGGCGGCUCUGAAGGUGACGGAGCACGCAGGAAUCGAGGGGGCCCUCAGCAAGCUGAGACAAACCUACAAACCGUCUGAGGGCUCAGAGGCUCCCGUCCCCCCUCCCUCUCCGAUACACCGCCGCUCUCCGGUCCCUCUCGCUCCGGUCCGGGACGACGACGACGCCGUGUCGGAGACCGCCGACAGCUUGGUCGUCAUCAGGAUGACGUCACGCCAGGAAGGAGAGGAGGUGCUCACUGUGGAGGUGAUGCCCGGGGAGGGAGAGGAGGAGGAGAAGAAGAGGGGGGAGGAGUGAUUGGAUCACAGGACACAUUCUGCUUCCCAGAAGGCCUUGCGGCAGCCUCCAGAGAGGAGCUGUGGGUUUCAGGUGGAGGAGGAGUGGUCUCUGGUCUCUGUUUCUUCUUCUCUGGUGGAUUUUUCUCCCUGCUGUGAAACUCAGCUUCCUGCUUUCAAGAACAUUUUGAAUUUCUGCAUUAAAACCUGACAGAAAGCUGCAGUCAGAAUCUGAGCUAAAACAUCAUCAUCAUCAUCAUCUUCAUCAGUGCGUUUUCUUCCUCUGUAGCUGCUUCUCGUUUUAAAUCAUCUGCAUCUUUUCUUCACGUCGUAGUUCCUCCUGCUCGAACACAGAAAUGUGCUUCAGCUGCUCUGUUGUUGCUUUUAUAUUCAAAUCAAACUGAUGCAGCUCCCUGAACCCCCCACCCCCGCCCCCUGCUCACAGUGAUGUGCUGUCCUGAUAAUAAUAAUAAUAAUAAUAAUAAUAAUAAUAAUAAUAAUAAUAAUAAUAAUCAGGCUCCUGGUUACAUCCAGCGCAGCAUUUUCUUGUUGAUCUUGAAACGGUUGAACUGACCUUGAACAGAGGAAACUCAGCCACAGGUGACAAAUGAUACAUCUCAGGUAGUCAGGUGGGUUUAACCUUUCAUGAGGAAGGAUUAUUGGUCAUUUAUCGAAAGCAGGAUCCAGUACUUCUGGAUCGUUUCUCUUUCUUCAGACCUAAACUUUGUGAUCAAUGGACAUGAACCCGAGAAACGACAGUCAGUCUCAUGUUGUCAUCGCUUUGCAGGACAUGAAUCAUCGUAUUAACGACACAUUUCGGCAGUUUCUUAAUGAUCUUAUAUUGUUUUAAUGUGAUUUAGUCGUUUAGUUUCUUUCAGUGACGUCAUCUUACAGACCUGAACGUCAGAUAUUUAGACAGCGUUGAUGUGUUUUAGUCUGUGCUCCUCUUUGAAUGACGUGUUGUUCCAUGUAUGAACAGUAGCAGCAGCAGCAUCAUUCACACUGAACAGAGUCAAACCGCAGUUCUGCUGCCGGCCAUGCUUUUGUCAUUAUUUACAUGUGAAUUUAUGAAUAUUUGGUUUGUAAUUUCAUCAUUUUCUGAAAGCAUAAUGUGUAGAAAUAACUGAUUUUCUGUAAGUUUAGGUGGCAGUCAAACAUAGUUCGUACACAGUGACUGAUGUGCUGCCUCACAUGUUACUGAGUGUAAAUGACAGACAGAUGAUUAAAAUGAGCUUCAGACAGCAGACUGAUGGGGGUCUCUGAGGCUGUUUGGUUUCUGUCCCACUGAAGGAAAGUAAGCUGAAGAUGUUUGAUGAAUAAA